GAAAAUAUUACCUAGUUGACUGCGGUUAUGGCGCAAAGCCAGGGUUUUUACCACCUUUUCGUGGUGUCCGAUACCACUUAAAAGAGUGGGGUAAUGAUAACAGGCCAGAAAAUGAGAAGGAAUUAUUUAAUUUAAGACAUUCACAACUACGGGUUACUGUUGAGCGUGCCUUUGGAUCCCUCAAGAACCGUUUUAAGUUUCUUGAUGAUGCUCGACCUUUCUUUCCUUUCAAAACACAAGUAGAUGUUGUUCUUGCAUGUUGCAUCCUCCACAAUUGGAUAUUAUCACACGGGGCAGAUUGUUUUCUCCCACCUGAGGAAGCAUGGACAACAAACCAACCUUCUAGUUCAACAAGUUCCCAUCAAGAGCAAGUACAAGAAAAUAGACAAUGGGUUCAGUGGAGGCAGCAACUUGCAAAUUGGAUGUGGGAAACUAGAGCAGCUUCCCAUGUACAAGAAAACUAGAGCAUAAACUGCAAAGUGACAUCAUUCUUUGGAUGAAGAUGGAUGAUGUCCAAGAAAUUGAACAAAGGUCCCAACCACAAAUUUUCUGGACACAAGAAAUGUCUGCAUGUGCUUUGAAAUACUUGGCCCAGUUGGUUGCUGAUGGAAUUCGAGUAGACAAAGGUUUCAAAAGCUCGCACUAUAAUCAAUGUGCUAAAGUGGUAAAGGAAAGAUUUCAGGUUCAAGUUUCUGGUUCUCAAGUUACCAAUCAUCUUAAGACAUGGGGAACUCGCUGGUCAAACAUCUGCAAUUAUAAGAAGAUUAGCUCAGCCCAUUUUGAUGAGCAAACUGGAACAAUAUUACUUGAUGAGAAGAACUACUUGGAACGGGUGCAGAAAAAACCAUCUGAAGCUAAAUUUUUCAACAAGCCACUUGAGAACUACCAUUACAUGGCUGUCAUAUUUGGGAAUCAGCAAGCAACUAGACUGUUUGCAAAAUGCACCGGUGAUCCCCUAGGUUUCGACACAUCUGAAAGUGCAGAUACAUAUGGUGUGGGUUAUUCUGGAGACUUGGCUGGUCAUGAGAGUAACAAUGCAAGUCCGACUCGUGAUAGUGGAGAAUCAUUGAACCCAAGUGGUCAAGUUCGUGAUGGUGGAGGCUCAUCUACUCGAAGUGGUGCAAGAAGGAAGAGAGGGCGCAUGAUGUUGGAAGAUGAGGAUCCAUUGAUAUGCACUGUCACUGAAGCUUUUAAGACUCUUUCAGAUGCAAUCAAGCAGUCAGCACCACAACCACGUCCGGUAAUCCCACCCAACCUAUGGACUGUGAUGAAAGAAAUUCCUGUCUUUCAAAGAGAGCAUAUAGCACACUAUUAUGGCUACUUGUGUGAGAAUCCAGUCCUUGCUUAUGCCUUUCUAGAGAUGGGACUAGAUGAUCAGAUGGUAUGAGUCUCUAGGUACAUCAAGACUCAUCUUUCUGAUUGAUGCAUCAAAGAAGCAGAUUAGCCUAAAACUUGUAUCUGAAACGUCUCAGUAUUUCUAUGAUGGAUGGAGUCUCUGAAACUUAUCUUUGAACAUUGAUAUGCAUGUUAGAUAACUUCUCAGUUUUAUUUGUAUGCUGGAUAAUGCUGAAUAUGUUUGUUGGAUAACUUAUCAGUUUUUAAUGUAUGCUGGAUAAUGCUUGAUAAAAUUAUAUGAUAUCUAUGGGA